AUGUCCGAGGACGACGUCGACAUGCUCGGCCCCGACGGGCAGGGGUCGUCCAAAGUUGACCGUGACCGCCGUGCGCCGAGGUUCAGUUGGACGCCCGCAUACGAGACGACUUUUUUUCGCAGUCUUUGCGAAAGCGUCCAGCUGGGCUUGCGCGAGAACAGCAGUUUCAAAGCGGAGGCGUGGGACCGCGCUGCUCUAGCCCUGCAGGACAGCCACGGCGCGUAUCCUGCCAAGAGCCACCUGAUCAACAAAAGCGACAAUGCGCGGAAGCGGUUUCGACUAUGGCGAGGGCUUCGCGAAGAUCCCGAGUUUAUGUACAAUCCCGUCUCCAAGACGGUGACGGCUACUGAGGAGGCCUGGAGAGCGCACAUAGAGAGAGAACCGCUGUCGAGGGCUCUGAGGGGUCGGCCGUUUGAUCAUGAAGAGUACAUGGAGAUACUGUACCCCGAUGUUAUCGGGUCUGGUGGUGCGCCAAAGAGGAUAAUGAAACCUCGUCGUAGGACAGAUGGACAACCAGGCGACGAGUCAGAUAUGCCGGGGACGGGCGUUUUGAAUCUUCAACCAGAGUCUGCAUCUGGACAAAAUACUCUUGAAAGCCCUGGUCCUGCUCGCUCAUCUUUGAGCCAAACGCCAAUUGGCUCCGCCACAGCAUCAGGUACUCAGCUGAAGCCAAGCUCUACCACGAUCCCUCCACGAACUACACCGACGCAGCCCUCCGCUCUCACUCCUCCGGAUGAGUCGGCCAACCACGCAAAGAAACGGGUGAUGCCCGCUCCUCAAACUGAAGGCGCGUUUGGUGCAACACCGCCGCCUUCUGCCGCCAAGUCGGGCAAUGCUACGGCAGACGCCCCGUCGCCCGAGAAGAAACGAAGAACCUCUAUACACGGUGACGCUGUGCCUGUUGUCACGUCGACUUCGAGCAACUGCCUUCACCAUGAAUCAUCGUCCGACUCGCCUACUGCUGUGCAGCUCCCACCGCCAGUGACCCUGGCAACUCCUCAGACGACAGCCGCAGACUCGCAGCCAAACGGAUUGCCAACAUGUUUAAGCAGCUCGCGAUGGUGCGAACUAGCUCUGGAGCAGUUCUUCAAGGAUUUUGCAGGCGAGGACAUGGACCUUCAAAUACGAGCUGGUGGUGCCAUGAAAGUACGUCAUACAUCGGCACAGAGACGUCAACAGGGCACCGCAGGUUUCAAAGCUCCUGGCCUGGCUUGGCCUGGCCUGCAUCACAUGAAGCCAUUGAUCUGCCCACCACCCUCUCUUCUCAUCUUUCGUCUCCCUUCUGGCCACUCUCUGACAACCACCAUCUCGAUCAAUCGCUCUACAAAUCCCAUCUUACGUCCCUCCUACACAUACACAAACAUGUCUUACGCCGACGUAGCCGCCAGUGGCCCCAAGCAGUCCCCCGAGGACGCUGCCGCCCCCCGACCCGCCGAGGUCGUCACCACCGAGUCCGCCUCCACAGCCUCCCUCAUCGACGUCGACGUCCCUAGCGUGCGCACCGUGCCCUCCGACUUCCUCGAGCAGGACGUCCAGACGGAAACCCAGGCCGGGCGGCUGGAGCGCGACGUCGAAGCGGCCAAGGCCAAGGCCGAGCAGGCCAAGAAGAAGGCGGGAAAAAAGGCACGCGACGCCGACUCGUGGCUCGUCAGGCAGUUUUCGAGCCUGUCCGACGGCAGCGCCGGAGCCCUGGUCAUCACGAAUGUCGCUGCUGUCAUUGGCGUGAGCUCCUACCUGGGUUAUCGCGCCUGGGGCCUCUACGAGAAGGGCAACCUGACCUGGAAGAAUGCCGGUGUCGGGGUUGGAAUCCUGGCCGGUGUGGGUGCCGUUGAGGCUGUUUUUGGGCGGUACUUGUACAAGGGCAAGAAAAAUGGCUCGUCCUGA